UCCGCGCUCUGUGCUCUGCCGGGCCGGACCGCCGCUCCCCCGCCGCCGCGCGGGAGCCCGGGCGCCCGAAGCUGGGGGCGCGGCAGCGGUCACUUAGCCGGGCUGGGAGCGGGCAGGCCCUGCCCUGAAGGGGCGAAGCGGCGGGGAGCGCGGGAGGUGGAGCCGGCCCCGGCGGCCGCCCGGCGUCUCUCCCAGCGCCCCCUCCCCGGGCUCAGACCGAGGCGAACCCAGGCCCCUGCCCAUGCGGGGCGCCCCCAGCUCCGUAGAGUCCCCGGGGCAGGGAGCAGCUCCAGGCAGCAGCGCCGGAGGGAGAGGAAGACGGGACUGUGCUCAGCUCCGGCGGCCCGGACCUUCCCCGUCGCGUUUGGAGGCGGGGGCCGCCCCGAAGUCUGCGCUUGUCACCGCCGCUUGGACUAGGGCAGCGCCUGCUGGGACCCCGACCCGGAACCCCCUGCGCCUCGUAGGUGGCAGCGCCGCGGCGCCACCCACCUCCUCCGCGGUCUCCCUCUGCCUGGUGGCAGUCACGGCCAAGAAAGUAUUAUGAGGGAGGCCGAGGACUCCACGCUCCGGGCAGAGAAACGGCGCUGGGAUUAGGGAUUGCCACUUCCGAGAGGAUGCUGGGAAUCUGCAGAGGGAGACGGAAAUUCCUGGCUGCCUCGUUGACUCUGCUCUGCAUCCCAGCCGUCACCUGGCUUUACCUGUUUGCUGGGAGCUUUGAAGAUGGGAAGCCGGUGUCUCUGUCUCCGCUGGAGUCCCAGCCUCACAGCCCCCGGUACACGGCGUCCAGCCAGCGGGAGCGCGAGAGCCUGGAGGUGCGCGUGCGCGAGGUGGAGGAGGAGAACCGCGCGCUCCGCCGGCAGCUCAGCCUGGCCCAGGGCCACGGCCCGGCCCACCGGCGCGGCAACCACUCGAAGACCUACUCCAUGGAGGAGGGCACCGGCGAUAGCGAGAACCUUCGGGCCGGCAUCGUGGCAGGCAACAGCUCCGAGUGUGGGCAGCAGCCGGUCGUGGAGAAGUGCGAGACAAUCCACGUUGCCAUUGUCUGUGCCGGAUACAACGCCAGCCGGGAUGUUGUCACCUUGGUGAAGUCUGUCCUGUUUCACAGGCGGAACCCCCUGCAUUUCCACGUCAUUGCCGACUCCAUCGCCGAGCAGAUCCUGGCGACGCUCUUCCAGACCUGGAUGGUGCCUGCCGUGCGAGUAGACUUCUACAACGCGGAUGAGCUCAAGUCUGAAGUUUCCUGGAUCCCCAACAAACAUUACUCUGGGAUUUACGGUCUGAUGAAGCUUGUCCUCACCAAGACUCUUCCUGCCAACCUGGAGAGGGUCAUCGUCCUUGACACAGACAUCACCUUUGCCACCGAUAUUGCAGAGCUCUGGGCUGUGUUCCACAAGUUCAAAGGUCAACAGGUCCUGGGCCUGGUAGAGAACCAGAGUGAUUGGUACCUCGGAAACCUGUGGAAAAAUCACCGCCCUUGGCCUGCCCUUGGAAGGGGCUACAACACAGGGGUGAUCCUGCUGCUUCUGGAUAAGCUGCGGAAGAUGAAGUGGGAGCAGAUGUGGAGGCUGACUGCAGAGAGGGAGUUGAUGGGCAUGCUGUCCACAUCCUUAGCUGAUCAGGAUAUUUUCAACGCUGUCAUCAAACAAAACCCCUUCCUCGUGUAUCAGCUCCCCUGCUUCUGGAACGUGCAGCUGUCAGACCACACCCGCUCUGAGCAGUGCUACAGAGACGUGUCUGAUCUAAAGGUCAUUCACUGGAACUCCCCCAAGAAGCUGCGGGUGAAGAACAAGCACGUGGAGUUUUUCCGCAACCUCUACCUGACCUUCCUGGAGUACGACGGGAAUCUCCUGCGACGGGAGCUGUUCGGCUGCCCCAGCGAGGCUGACAUCAACAGUGAAAACCUCCAGAAGCAGCUCUCUGAGCUGGAUGAGGACGACUUGUGUUAUGAGUUCCGGCGAGAGCGUUUCACCGUCCACCGAACCCACCUGUACUUCUUGCAUUACGAGUAUGAGCCCACUUCAGACAACACGGACGUCACCCUGGUUGCUCAGCUCUCCAUGGACAGGCUCCAGAUGCUCGAGGCCAUCUGCAAGCACUGGGAGGGGCCCAUCAGCCUGGCCCUCUACCUGUCGGACGCUGAGGCCCAGCAGUUCCUCCGCUACGCACAGGGCUCGGAGGUGCUCAUGGGCCGCCACAACGUGGCCUACCACAUCGUGUACAAGGAGGGCCAGUUCUACCCCGUGAACCUGCUGCGCAACGUGGCCAUGAAGCACGUGGGCACGCCCUACAUGUUCCUGUCCGACAUCGACUUCCUGCCCAUGUACGGACUCUAUGAGUACCUCAGGAAGUCUGUCAUCCAGCUCGACCUUGCCAACACCAAGAAGGUGACGAUAGUCCCUGCGUUCGAGACGCUGCGCUACCGGCUCUCCUUCCCCAAGUCGAAGGCAGAGUUGCUGUCGAUGCUGGACAUGGGGACCCUCUUCACGUUCAGGUACCACGUCUGGACUAAAGGCCACGCACCCACAAACUUUGCCAAGUGGCGGACCGCCACCACGCCUUACCGGGUUGAGUGGGAGGCCGAUUUCGAGCCGUAUGUUGUCGUGAGACGGGACUGCCCUGAGUACGACCGGAGGUUUGUGGGCUUUGGCUGGAACAAGGUGGCUCACAUCAUGGAACUGGAUGCCCAGGAGUAUGAAUUCAUCGUGCUGCCCAACGCAUACAUGAUCCACAUGCCUCACGCCCCUAGCUUCGACAUCACCAAGUUCCGGUCCAACAAGCAAUACCGCAUCUGUCUCAAAACCCUGAAGGAGGAGUUUCAGCAGGACAUGUCCCGCCGCUACGGCUUUGCCGCCCUCAAAUAUCUCACGGCCGAGAACAACAGCUAGCACCAAGAAGCCCAUCACAAGGGAGAGACGUUCUACCAGGGGGAGAGCCACUUGCUGUGUGGGGCCCAGCCUUCAAACUCAAAUUGAGCACCGCUUUUUUUGGUUUGUUUUUAUUAGUCUCUUUGGCCCAACAAAGCUGCCCUCCCUACGGAGAUCUGGGACAAGGAUCCGGCCAGUCCCUCUCUGGCCCAUGACCCAUCACUCCCAGAGCGUGGGAAAACAGCCCACCUAUGUGGUCUCUCCAAGAACGGGACACAGAGGGUGAGAGGGAGCAAGGGGGUUAUCCUUCCACACAGGCACACCACCAGGCAGGUCUUUAGGAUAUUCUCAUGGCUUUUUUUUUUUUAAAAAAAAAAGAGAAGGCAGGGUGUAGGGGUUAGCCAUCCAAGGAAAUAAAAGCAAAAAUGUCUCUUCAUCAGAGAAGACUUUCUUCUUCACCCUGCAGUUCAACGGGGUAUCCAAAAGGAGGGCACGCCAGUGAUCAGAACUGUUCGGGAAAACCCAGUGGGGACACUGUACUCGGCAGGACCUAGAGGUGGGGAUUGCUCGGUUCUUUAUCCUCAAGGUCACUCUUGUUUUGUUUUGGGGGAUUUUGUUUAUUUGUUUAUUUUGGGUCUGGGAAUCCCAGCUAGAAAACCCGAUCCUUUAAGGCUCUGAAGGAGAAGCAGCUGCUUAGCUGCCAUCCCUCUAUCAGCAGUGGCCCAGCAAGGAGGACGGGAGUCUGCGGCCAACAUUGACACGGGUCGCCUUCUUCGGGAUGGUCACCGAGGCCCCGUGACCUUGAAUUCCCUACUUUCCAGAAUCCAGGGGCUACGAUGGGGACUGUGGAAGUACAGAGACCAGCUGUUUUACAACCAGUCAGGUUUUCUAUUGGCAGUGACUGAUUCAAUGGGGACAGGGCUUUAAAGGGAUGGUUUCCAUGCACGCGAAAGGUACGAACCUCUCAGGCCUUUAGAAGAACUUUCGUAAUUCACUCGAGCCCAGUGCUGAAGAUUCACAAGCCCGUUUGGAGAACUUAGGGAAGAAUGUGUUGGGCUCCACUGUGUUCACACGUCCACUCCGCUGCAGCUGGGACGAGGUCAUGACCUCAGGCUCCCUUGGGGACCCACCCAAGGGUAGGCCAGCACCUUUACCGUUACACAGAUUGAAGGGACACUGGACUUUUUAGCCAUUUUCUUGAAUCUUCAAUGUUAAUGUUGUGUUUACAUUGAUGAGAACAAGAGUCAGGGCCCUACUCUCUGCCGGGCUGUUUGUAUCAAGUUGCAGUGUGACCAGCAAACGCUGCAUCAAUAAACGAAAGUACAGACUGUUUCUUCCCCACUCCCCUCCCACUCUUGUAAGGAGCUACCGGACACACUUCCGUGUAGACAGCAAAGUCGGUAAACAGCAACUUUACACUUUCUGUUCUCCCGUUGUGUUCUCUCAUUGCUUGAACUUGAACCUCUUUUUUCUCUUUGCCUGAGGUUAGAUCUCACUUCAUGCUCCAACCCUCAGAGCAUUUUCACAUUUUCCAUUCAGCUUCUGUCUCAAUACUGAAGGCCAGAUGUUUUAGGUAGCAUAUGUGGGCCAGCAAGGGAAACCGUGGCAACUGUCCUGUUAGUCAUGAAACGCCGCAGCAGCAGCCUGAUUUAUGAGAGGCCCUCAAUGUGUCACGCAGUCACGUGCAUUCACUCAGAUUUACUGACAAAUUUAGGAAAACUAUUAGGACUAAUCCUCACACAGAUAUGCAUAAGUUUGUGUGUGUGUAUAUGUCUCAUGUGUGUGUGUGUAUGUAUAUAUAUCUCACAUACAUAAAUGACACAUGCAGUAUUAUUACAAAAGUUAUACAUAAAUACUGUAAAAAGCAAAACAUCACAAAAGUAUUCAAAGUUCACGUUAAAGUUUCCUUUUUCCACUGGUGUGUGGGAGCCAGCUUAUUGUGCACAUCUCUUUCCUACUCCUGUGUACAGAGACAUCACCUUUGUAGCGUGAAAUCAUCCGUGAUUGGAGUAUUUACGCCAUGGAAAUCAGAAAACAUCACAAAUCAGGGCCCUGCCACCCUGAGCGCCGGUUGUUAAACAUCUACCCGCACACCACUGCUUCUUCCUCUCCCCUGUGCAUACACACACACACGCACAGGCACUCAAACUUUCAUAUGCUGACAGCUCUAGUUCCUCAGUGUUGAAAAUCAAUUUUUAAUUCCCUAAAGCCUUUUAUUUUUUAAAUUUUUUCAUGGCCCCUGAAUCACACCCAGCCACCUUGCUUCUUCACUUGCAUCUCUGUGGGUAUAGUUGUGACCAUGUAAUCUAUUAUCAUCUGAAGUGGGUCAGCUCUGAGAAUGAAGGAAGGUGCUAAUUACUUGGAGACAAUAGGUAUAAACUGGAGGAUGGUGUAGCUUCACGUACGCUGAAUUUAUUAAAGCCAGAAACCGACACUCCACACCCACAAGAGGAAAUCCUAUUUCCCCAAAGACAGGCGCCUGACACUCUGAAGCUAGUCUCACUUAAGGCUAGAACUCAGAUCGUGGCUGAUUCCCAAGUUCAACACAGAGGCUGCCAAGCCGGUGGAGGCUGCGGUCUGCAGCACCAACAGCGUGAAUUCCCAGAACUUACAUUGAGGGCAGCAGCACUUCGCCAGCCCCGGCUCAUGUGGGGGGAGCUGUAGCCACUUGGUCAGAGGCAGUUGCUACAGAUGCUGAUUCCUUCGUAUCAGUUCCCUAGGGUACAAGACGCUUGUGAAUGGGGCACACUGAUGUUUUCAUGCUUAAAUAAGCCAAAACCAUCUUGGCUUUCAGUUGGGAGGGAGGACAGGAUUCUCUCCUUUAGCCCCCAUAAUAUUCAGUGCCCGAGGGAGCUGAGAUAUAUUGGGGAACCACUGUGAAAGGACCCUGGGCAUGCACGAGCUCGUUGAAGCCUUGCGGCAAAACAGCAAAGUGGCUAUUACUGUUGAUUGAUGAGGAAACUGAGUGAGCUCUGGGAAAUUCAGUAAGUCCCCCAAAUUCACAUAGUCAGUACAUGGCAGAAUCAGAACUUAAACCCAAGCCUACUUUUUAAAAUCCAAAGCCACGUAAUCUGCAACGAUGCUCUCUUCCCCAGAAGAAAAGAAACAUACUAAGUAUUGGCGGACAAGAGGAUUUGAACCUAUGGAAGAUGAUGAGAUUCCUAAGUCCUCGUUCACCAUCCAACAAUAACCACACAGCCUAGACAGCAACCCCUCCUUAGAUGCUCCAAUUCUUGCCACGCUCAUGGACUUUCUCAAAAUUCAUUUGAAAUAGACCUGGGCAAUCUAUGACCAUAUUUAGACAGCUGAGAUCAACUAGGAGGGCAGUAAUUGAUUCUCUGAAUGCUUCUCCUGGGUUGUUUCCUAGAUUACAUGGCACAGGUAGAGACACUAAGUUUUAAGCUCCCCUUUGGACCUCAUCAGCAUGCUGCUUCCAAGUGAGCUCUCCAAACGCACUGAGCUGAUUUACAGAGGACGUAUUUGCCGAGUUGACUAAUAGCUUCUUUGUACCCCAUCAUGAAAGGACAGACCCUACUUUUAAUUCUGUUCCUUUCAAAGACUCUACUGUCUUUGAGUUAAGGCUUCAUUUGUGGUCACCAGGCCUUUAGGGAGCUCUGUGUUAGUGGAAGAAACGUGAUUAAAAUCCCCUCUCAGACACGGCUCCUGCACCCUCUUGGUGAAGAUAACAAGAGCUACCAUUUACUGAGCCAGGACUUCUCUGGGAGUUGGCACUGAUGGGUCCUCACAGCAACAUUAUAAUAUAAGGAAGGUAUUUAUCAUGAUCCCCAUUAUUUAGCUAAUGGAACCGGUCCUGAGAGAAAUUAACGUUACUUACCCGGAAUCACACAGGUUGUUAAUGGAGGUGCUGGAAUUUGAACCAAAAUCCAACUGCCAUCAGAAACGCACGUCUCCACCGAACGCUGCUGCCUCCUUAUACGAUACAGAAGUCAGUUGGGCUGCCGGGCUUAUCCAGUCAUGUCUUCAUGUAGUUCAUGAUGAUAUGCUGUUUUUUUCCCCUUGCUUUUUUAAUCCUAAGGGUUUAUUUUCCAACUUAAUGCCAUUAAAGUUUAGGCAUAUAGGGUU